CGCGACCAAUGUACGUAGAAAAAUAAUGUAUUUUAUAGUAUUUUUAUUCAAUUAAACGGAGUACUGGACACAGUGUUCGUGAUAUUAGGAAACAUGGAUUGUCCAUCCAGUAUCGCAACAGUGCAUAAAUUGUACCCGUAUUGCAUGUAGCCUUUCAUUUUGCAUUGUUUUUGAUGCACCAAAAAGGAUAUUACAUUUUUGAGAAAAGCUAUUCUUAGCCAUUUAAUAGAAAAAAAUGGAUGGGGUACGUGAUGAGGACAGGCGCAGGCGCCUGAGGGUGUUGGAGGAGCGUAUAAAAGAUCCGAGAAGCAUUACAAAUAUUGAUUGCCUUUUGGAUACAGUUCAAGCCCUGGUGGCAGAUUGUGAUCAUCCCAGUGUAAAGCGUAUGAAAAAUAUAGAAGCAUAUAUGAACAGAUAUGAUUCGGUAGCUCAGGAUAUUUGUAAAAUGCGAAUGCGUACGGAUGACUUCACUUUGAUAAAAGUGAUAGGUCGCGGAGCAUUCGGUGAAGUACAGUUGGUACGGCAUAAAUCCACGCAAAAAGUAUAUGCUAUGAAAUUAUUGAGUAAAUUUGAAAUGAUUAAACGAUCAGAUUCAGCUUUUUUCUGGGAAGAACGCGAUAUAAUGGCACAUGCUAAUUCCCAAUGGAUAGUUCAGCUUCAUUUCGCGUUUCAAGAUCACAAAUAUCUUUAUAUGGUGAUGGAUUAUAUGCCGGGCGGUGAUUUAGUAAACUUAAUGUCAAACUAUGAUGUGCCAGAGAAAUGGGCGAAAUUUUAUUGUGCAGAAGUGGUGCUCGCAUUGGAUGCAAUACACCUUAUGGGAUUUGUUCAUCGGGACGUAAAGCCCGAUAACAUGUUACUUGAUAAACAUGGUCACUUAAAACUUGCAGAUUUUGGCACUUGUAUGAGAAUGGAUAUCGAUGGACUCGUUCGAUCUGAUACCGCAGUAGGUACACCUGAUUAUAUAUCACCUGAAGUACUCCAAUCCCAAGGUGGUGAAGGUGUAUAUGGAAGAGAGUGUGAUUGGUGGUCAGUAGGAGUGUUUUUGUACGAAAUGCUUGUUGGUGACACGCCUUUUUAUGCAGAUUCAUUAGUUGGGACAUAUUCGAAAAUUAUGGAUCACAGAAACUCGUUACACUUUCCUCCAGAAGUUGAUAUUUCUCACUCGGCUAAGAAUUUAAUAUGCGGCUUUCUUACUGAUAGAACAAAACGUUUAGGAAGAAAUGGCGUAGAGGAAAUAAAAAAUCACCCAUUCUUUAAAAAUGAUCAAUGGACGUUUGACAAUUUACGAGAGUGUGUGCCACCAGUAGUACCAGAACUUUCUGGUGACGAUGAUACUAGUAAUUUUGAUGAUGUUGAUAAAGAGGAUGGUCCAGAGGAAAGUUUUCCAGUUCCGAAAGCAUUUUCUGGAAAUCAUCUGCCUUUUAUUGGUUUUACAUAUUCAGGAGACUAUCAGUUAAUGGCCUUUACUGGUAAAGAAUCGGUAGAUGGAUUAGAAAAUCAUAUCAAUAACGGUACGAGCGAUGAUAUUAAAAUUUCGCAGUUAGAAAAUUUAUUGGAUAAAGAGAGAAGACAAGUAGAAUCCUUGGAAUCACGACAGAAAGCUUUGACAACGCAGUUAGAAGCUAUGACGCGUCGUGAAACUGAAUUACGCGAAGAAAUAGGCAGAGCGGAUAAAGAAUUGACUUUGUUGAGACACAAUUAUAAAGAAGCACAACGCAGGGUUGAGCAUGAAACGGAAACGCGUAGAAAAGCAGAAUCGUUAUUCGUUGAAUUAAAAAAGAAAUUUGAUGAAGAGCAGACGAAAAGAGCGCGCGAUGCGAGUAAUUCACAGCAAACAUCCGAACGUGUUACAUCGUUAGAAAAACAAAUUAAGGAGAUGCAAUCAAAAUUGGAAAGGGAAACCGAAACUGUAACGAGGUUGCGGAAACAAGCCACAGAGAUUACUGUUGUUCGUCAAGCGGCAGAACAAAUGGCAAAUGAAUUACAAGUGGCAAGAGCUCAGUUACAAGCGCAACGUGAUAACUUGCAACAAGAAGUGGCAACGCUACAAGGACAACUGUCGAAAGAGAGGAGUUCUCGAUCACAAGCCUCAUCGUUAACCGCCGAAUUAGAAAGUCGUCUUUCUGCUCUUCAUCUUGAACUUGAACAUAGUCGCGAAAAAGAGGAAAAAGCACUUAUGGAUAAUCGGCAAUUAACCGAAAGAAUUUCAGCGUUAGAAAAAGAAGCUGCUAGUUUGACUCUUGAAUUAAAAGCCGCGCAAGCGAGGUAUAAUCAAGAAGUGGUUGCUCAUCAAGAAACGGAACGUUCACGCAUAUUAUCCAAAGAAGAAGCUAACUUAGAGGUUGUUAAAGCAUUACAAGCAAAACUAAACGAAGAGAAAAGUGGAAGACAACGCGCCGAAUUGCUUGCACAAGAAAAGGAAAGGCAAACCUCUAUGCUUUCUGUGGAUUACCGUCAAAUACAGCAACGUUUGCAGAAAUUGGAGGGUGAGCACAGGCAAGAAGUGGAAAAGGUAAAGGUGCUACAGGGUCAGGUUGAGCAGGAACAGCAGAAAAGAAACGUGCUACAAACGGAUCUGGCGCAGCAAUCAUCAGAAGCAGGACGAUUACGUGCUAGGGAACAACAGUUAGUUGGUGAAGUUGCUCAGCUAAGGGAAGCAAAACGACAAAUAGAGGAAGAAUUGCAUCAUUUGAAAACUCAAAGAAACGUGGAUCAGUUACAGACAAAGGAAUUACAGGAACAGUUGGAAGCAGAAGCUUACUUCUCGACUCUUUACAAAACACAGACACAAGAACUUCGAGAAGAACUGGACGAGAAAAUACGAUUACAACAAGAAUUAGAAGAAGAACGUGCUUCUUUAGUACACCAGUUGCAAUUGUCUUUAGCUAGAGGAGACAGUGAAGCUUUAGCAAGAUCAAUAGCUGAAGAAACUGUGGCAGAUCUUGAGAAAGAACGAACGAUGAAGGAAUUAGAGUACAAAGAUGGUGUAGCGAAACAUCAUCAAGAAUUAAAUUCAAAAGAACAGAUUAUAAAUCGGCUUAAAGAUAACGAAAAUGAACUUAAGAAAAGCGUUGAUCAGUAUCUUAAAGAGAAGGAUGAUUUCGGUAAACGACUGAAAGAAUUGCAAGACCAACUUACUAAAGAACAAUCUAAUGAAGAAGAAAUAGAAAAGCUCAGUAGUAAAUUGAAAACUGAACAGCUACUCAAACAACAAGCAGUUAAUAAGUUGGCAGAGAUAAUGAAUAGGAAAGAUUUAUCUUCAAGCGGUAAAACGAAGAACAAAGCAUCUGCUGCAGAUCUAAGGAAGAAGGAAAAAGAUUGUAGACGUUUGCAACAGGAGCUUACUCAAGAGAGAGAAAAGUAUGGACAGUUGGCAGCUAAGUGGCAAAAAGACUUGCAAGAUUUACAGGCCCAAUUAGUGGAAGAAAACCAAGCAAAAUUGAGAUUACAAAUGGAACUUGAUUCAAAGGAUUCAGAGAUAGAAACAUUACAAAUGAAAAUCGCCUCACUUAACUCGGAAACUGCUAGCGUUUCAUCAGUAGAGAAUGACGGAGAAGAUUCUGUUCUGUCAGAGCAUGGUACCAUGAGAUUGGAAGGUUGGUUGAAUGUGCCAAACAAGCAGAACAUUAAAAGGCAUGGAUGGAAGAAGCAAUAUGUUGUCGUUUCAUCGAAGAAGAUAAUAUUUUAUAAUAGUGAGAACGAUAAGCUAAAUGCGGAUCCAGUUUUGAUACUGGAUCUAAAUAAAGUCUUCCACGUUAGAUCUGUUACUCAGGGUGACGUUAUCCGAGCUGAUGCCAAAGAUAUUCCGAGAAUUUUCCAGUUAUUGUACGCUGGUGAAGGCGAAGCAAGACGUCCUGGCGAUGAGGGGAAUACACUGCCUGGAGUAGAACUGCCACAACUUACGGAUAAGCCAGGCACGCAAUCGUUAAAGGGCCAUGAAUUUGUGUCAAUUUCGUAUCAUAUGCCGACUACUUGUGAGGUAUGCUCGAAACAAUUGUGGCACAUGUUUCGACCACCACCCGCUCUUGAGUGUCGACGAUGUCGUAUAAAGGUACACAAGGAGCAUUUGGAUAAGAAAGAGGAUGCCAUAGCACCGUGCAAAUUGCAUUACGAUCCAAACAGUGCCCGUGAAUUAUUGAUAUUGGCUGGUAGUACUGAUGAACAGAAAUACUGGGUCGCAAGACUGUCGAGGCGUGUACAAAAAUGUGGCUACAAGGCGAAUUCGCAUGUCGACGGCACGGGGCAGCGUGUCUCGCCAAGGGAAUCCACGAGAUCCACCUUGAAGCCAUAUUUAUCGGUGCAACAACGAUCCGCGACCCUGCCAGCGAACGCCAGCAUGGGCAAGUGACCAUAGCUAGCACCGACGACACUUGAUUGGAAUUCGUUGCUUCGACGUCCUUCCUAAUCGAUCGAUUAAACGAAUAAAUUUGAUCAGUUUGCUUUCCUCGUUUGAGAUUCAAACGCGUAGACAGACGUUCCUCGGUGUCACCGGUGUUACCAUUAAACCGGUCAAUCUGGAGGAGUUCACAAGUAUCCAAUUUGUGUACUUGAACGCAACGUUACCAACUUCCUUAUGAGUGGAAGAAAAUUCUGGUAAACGGAGACACCAUAUAACUUGUGUCACCCGUUGAUCACAAGUUACUCGUUAAUCGUAAUUCAGCAGUCUUCGAUAUUUGUACAGACGACGAAGAAAGAAGGUUGAACGAUCCGGAGAGAUGUUAUUGAAAAUAAGGCUGAACGGUGUUUCUCAAAUGCCAUGGAACGAGGGAAACGUUCAAAAAGGGGCGAUGAAAUGAACAGAAGCAUGUUGCAGCUGUUAUUUACAAGGGAAAUCGUUGAUAGUGUUUAAAGAAAAAUAAAAAAGAAAAGCGUACAUAGACAAGACGUAGUAAAUUAAGUACGUGGACCGUGUUCCUUGCCGGACUGCAUCGUGCUCGAUGAGCAGACGAGUUUGCGGUAGUAUUUCCCAGGGCCAACAUGCGUUGUUUUAUAAAUGCUUUAUCACGCACGGACGAACGGAUCCAGUAUUUGUGGUGAUUCUUUUUUUCUCAAUUCUUCGUAGACAUUUAAACUCGAAAAGUGAUUUCACUGUACAUAUACAAUUGCUACAAUUCGUGAGAACUAUUUUUUCAAUUGAUUUAACGGGAAACUCGUUUGUAAAUUUACGCGGCACGUGGAGGGAAACGUACACUUGACCAGUGUUUAAUUUUUUUCGGUCAAAAGCAUAGUUAAACAUGUUUAGUUAUAUACAUUGAAGUAAGUAGGUAAGGGUCAGGGUCGGUCUACUGCCAGAAAUUAUUGUAAUAAGUGAUAAAACAUUCGUUAGGUCGUGAAAUUUCAUUUUAAUGGAAAUAAAUAUUUGGGUUGAAAUGCAGCUCAUACGAAACGUGUUCUUAUUACGUGCAUUUACGAAUAAAAAUUAUAUUAGAAUUAAGUAAUAGUAGGUAAAUUUUGCCUAUUCUAGACAAUUAUCCUAGUUACGUCAAUGAUUAUAUAAUAGACUUUUGUAUAGCUUGUCAUAUGACCGAAAAGAAUUAAACACGUUUGCUUCGAGGACCCGUUAAUAUCAUCGUGUAUUUACCACGCCAGAUCGAUAGUAUUAUUAUUUUUAUAUGUUCCGAGAUUAAAGUGUAUCGGUAUUUAAUGAGUAUUGCGUUAAGAGAAGAAUCAGGCCGCGUGUAGAAGAACACGUAUUAGCUAGUGCAGUUGCCAAAGUUUCUUUUUUAGCAAUGGGAUACGUGUUAUCGCUUCUAUUAGACCUUGGCAAUUGCAUCGAUCGGGGUAAAUUAUACAUACAAAUAGCAUUGAAAGUAUUUUAUCACCGAUCGCUAUUAGGAAACAUAUUACUGUUCAAAUUUUGAAAUUAACUAAUUCCCGGCGUUUCUUGAAUUUUUAAUUCGUCCGUACGAAGAAAUUUUUAAAUAAUGUGUUUCAUAACUUGUGGGGCCCGCUAUAGCGAUGGAUGGGGAACAAGAGAACAAUGAUAAAAGUUUUUAUAAAACUGUUAUACUUAAUCUUGUUUUAGCAACUCAUUAUCCUAUAAACUUUGAAUGUUUUCUCAUCACAUAGACGUUUAUAAAUAUUCAUUCAAUCAAGUUUAUAUGUACUUUUCUCUUGACGUUCUCUAUUCAUCGUUCAAGUGAGCUCCAUAGAUUAUGAAACACUUUGUACACACUUUUUUUGCAUCAUACUUUCUGACAUUCGUACCUUCAUUUCUUUUAAGUAUAAACUUCUUUUUAUAAUUUGCAUAUUCAAUGAUUUUCAACGCUUACUCAAGGAUUCGAGGAACGCUUUGUACAGUCGCGUGCAUCGAAGGCUUCUUCCAGUAAGGAGAAAGAUCACUUCACUUCUGAAGGAUAUUUUCACUGCCUUCAUGUUUAAGGGAAAAAAAUAAUGAGGGUCAUCAUUGCACGCGAUCGUACAUCCUUCUUCCCAUUGUCAUUGUAUUCGUACGAAUACGAUAUGGAAAAUAUAUUCUAAAUCAUUCUAAAACGAGAGCACAACGGUGAAAUAUUAAGGAACAGCGCCACGAACGAGCUUGAUUGUAUAGUAGAGUAAUAUUUACAGUUGUAAACGUAAAAACAUUUUUUAACACGCGUGUUUAUUCGCAGAGAAAUGUUUAGGAAUUUUAUUAGCUGGUGCCUACGGAAUCAUUCGCAGAUCGAAGUUGGCAUCUGUGAGAGAAAACGUGUAACGAAUUAAAACGCAAGAGAACUCCUUUAUUAUUAUUAUUACUAUUAUUAUUAUUAAUACUAAUAUUAUUAUUAUUAAUAUUUUUAA